AUGGCCGGAGCUUCGGCCGAGGCGAUGUCGAGCAUGGAGCCGUGUGCGUUCGAGCGGCUGCUGGGUGCAGUGCCGGCGGUGCUGGAGGCGCUGCCGGAGGCGUCACUGCGCGCCGUGGCGGCGACGAGCUGGACGGCGCUGGUGGCGGCGCUGCGGCACGCGCCGCUGCGGAUCGAUGCAGACGAGACCAUGCUCAACCUGAUUCUCAAGAUGGAGCGCGGGCGACUGCCGGCGGUGGGGACGAUCACAUGCAAACGUGGCAUGUACCCACACGUGGCGGUUGUGGCGGAUGAUGCGGCCGUCAUGGUGCGUCAGAUGGGGCGGGCGCGUCGGACGGUGGAGGACAUGGUGGCGGAUCACGAGCGAGAGGGUUGGCCGCUGCGGGUGCGGUGCUUGCGGGGCCGGUGGUGCGACCUCGUGCAGACUGCGGGAGAGCCAGCGCGAUGCUACCACGUGGAGCACGACGCGGAGCUGCGGUGGUGGCUGCGAACGGUCGAGAGCGAGCACGGGGCAGCGUACGCGGCGGCGCUGCGGCGGACGCUGGAGCGGGCGACGGUGCGGGAGCACGUGGAGGAGGUGUCGCUGUGGGAGUGUCCGAUGCGCGGGGCGCAGGUGGCGACGCUGGCGCCGGCGCUGGCGGGGCUGGGGAGGCUGCGGUGUUUGCGUCUGUGGAAGCACACGUUGCUGGACGACGAGGGGCUGGCGGCGCUGGCGGGGGUGGUGCGCGGGCAGGGGGGGCUGCGGGAGCUGGCGGUGUACAAGUCGGGCGGCGACAUGCUGCCGCUGAUCGACAGUGUGGGGGAGCACCCGGCGCUGGAGGUGCUGGAGGUGGUGGUGAGCGAUCACAGGGAGGCGGAGGGGGCAGCGCUCGGGGCGGUGGCGGGGAGGAGCAGGGCGCUGCGGAGGCUGGCGGUCGGACAGGGAGAGGGACAGAUGGUGUGGUGGGAGGAGACGGGGUUCGCGCAAGCGCUGGUGUCGGCGCUCGGCGAGGUCCUGGGUGCGAAUGCGCACCUGCGCGAGCUGAACCUCAGUACUGCAUUUUUGUACGACUUUCCCUUGGCGGACUUCAUGGCGGGUCUGGGCAAGAACACCACUUUGGAGGUGCUGGACCUGUCGCAGACCGAACUGGACGAUGAGGGCUUCGAGGAGCUGGCUUCGGCGCUGUCGGGGCAGUGCGCGGUGCGGGAGCUGAGCCUGCGGGGCGUCGGUCCGGGAGAGGCCAUCGCGAGUGCGCUGCGGGAGAGGUCGUGUCUGACGCGGCUGGACUGCCAGGACGCCGAGGUGGACUCUGACUUCAUACGCCAGCUGGCGCAGGCGCUGGAGAGCGGGGCGCUCGGGCGGACGCUGGAGGUGCUCAACCUGUCGCGAACUGAGGAAGUCCAACCCGAGGACUACGCAGCCUUGGCGGAUGCACUCGCCAGGAACGGCGAGUGCGCGCUGCGGGAGCUCACUUUGCGUGUUUGCCUUUUCCAACAUGACAUGUGGACCGCGCUGGGGCGGGUGCUGAGCAACAACGGGGCCCUGCAGGUGCUGGACCUGAGUGACAGCACCAGUCACUACAUGCCGGACAGCGAGGAUGCCGUCGCGCUGGCUGCUGGGCUGAAGAACAACACGACGCUGCGUCGCCUGGCCGUUGCGAGGGGGCACAUCGGGCGGCGCGGCGCGAAGGCCCUCGCGGACGCGCUCGGGGAGACCUCGGCGCUGGAGGAGCUCGACUUGAACUACCAGCUCGAUUUCUCCGAGCUCACCUUGAACGGCGUAGAUGGCCAAUUGGCUUGGUUCUUGCAAGAACAGCGCGAGCUCUUCGACGAGUCGACGGCGGCCGCGUUCGCCGCUGCGGUGGACCGCGGCGCCGCGCUCCGGAGGCUGGACCUGCGCGGGGACGUGAUGGGCGCGAGGGGCGUCGGGGCGGUGCUGGACGCAAUGGCGCGGCGGGAGCCGAGCGUGUCGCGCGUGCUGCUGGCGAGCAGUCCUGCCAACGACUCCGGCAUUUGGUUGCGGGAAGCGAGGCAAGGGCUGUACGGACGUGCCCAGCACGUGCAUCUGAAGGUGGAAGUGGAGACGGAGGGAGCACAGGCGCGGUCUGCUUUGAGGUUGUGGGCAGGUUCAGGAAGCGUGCAACACGUGGAACUGAGCUGA